AUGUGGUUGCACCAGUACGACUUCAGGACAUUCUGGGACAAGGGCUGCGUUUCACAUGAGCUCGCAGACGUAUGGAGCAGGACAAGAAAGGUUGCGGCCGACGCGAUCCAGACAGUCGUCUUCCAAAACAAUUUGCAGAAGCCCGUGCACGUCUACUACGCCCCGUGGCGCCUGCCCGAGGAGUACUCGGGAGAGGCCCCUCCGGGCGGCAGCCUCAAGGUCGAUGCUGCCGAUGGCGAGGUGCUCCACGUCUACAGCAAGAGGUCCGGAGGGAAGCUGGUUGCCAAGCGCAUGGUAACCGGCAGCUCCGUCCAGCGCGUCAACCUGGGCAAGAGGCGCGGCGCCGAGCUGUGA